AUGAGUUAUGUUGAGGUACAAACUGAUGAACUGUCGGUGGUGGAUGUGGAGGAGAUGCGCCUAGAGGUAAGCAAAAAGGAUGGCAUCAUUGAGGAUUUGAGGAGAACGAUCGAAGAACUGAAGAAGCAAAUGAUCAAGCAAGAUCGCUGCAUGGAUGCUUGUAAAGAAACCAUAAGGAAACUGCUAAUACAACAGAGCACCAUGGAGAGAAAACAGGCGAAAGCGAAAUGCAUGGAAAAUUGCUUGCGUAUUGGGCAGUUCAAGCCGACACGUCAUCGCGAAGAGUUCCGUGAGGUGUGGGCCGAUGGCUGGGCAUUCGAGGAGAUCAACAAAGCGCAGCAGAGGAUUGCAAAUGAACGCAAUGAAAUAAUCAACGCCUCACAGAACCUCAAAAAGAGGAAACCACCGGGCAAUCAUCCGCGAGACUUUAAAAGGAAUUUGAAAUUGAUGUAUGACCUCAGAGCGCUGUCUGCUGGUUCGGAUGGUAUGACGCCUUCCACUUCCACAGUAUCGAUGUCGAACUCCACUUCAAUCGGUGAUGAUCUGUUCGCAAAACCAGAACUUCCCAAAGAACUGACACAUCAGGAGUAUAUGGAACAGGAAGAAAUAUAUCGCUUACGCAGGGUGGAGCAUUUAAAAAAGGAAGAAUCGGAAUUGAUUGCGGAGCGUGACCGCCUGGAAAGGGAGCGCAAUUUGCAUAUUCGUGAAUUAAAACGGGUUCAGUACGAGGAGGCAAGCCGAUACAAAGAUCAUGAAUUGCUCAACAGGCGCUACUUGCUGCUUUCGCUUCUCGGCAAAGGCGGCUUCAGCGAGGUGUGGCGCGCUUUUGAUUUGGAUGCGAACAAGUACGUGGCAUGCAAAAUCCAUCAUGUAAAUAAGGAAUGGAAAGAGGACAAAAAGGCAAAUUAUGUGAAGCACGCGAUGCGUGAGAAAGAUAUCCAUAAGACAUUGGACCACCCACGAAUUGUUCGCUUGUUCGAUUUGUUCACCAUC